CAUUCCCGUCGUUCCCGUAGUAGUUGACCUGUAGUGUGACUUGUGGAUAAUUUUUUUUGCAAUGUAGAAAGCGACAAACUUGUUCGGCAUCUUGCGAUCGGAAUGUUUUUAAAAUCUUGAUUAUUCUGCUAUGGGCUGACAUUCAGCCCAGUAAUCGAACUGAUAUGUGAAGUAAAUUUGGAAUUUCAAAUGGAAGUCAGUGGUUUCACCAGGCAUCGUGCUAUCUCGGCGAGUAGCGACGAUGAGAUAGAAGGACUGAAUGAACAGCUGAUAAGGUCGCUAUCACAAUUCAAGUUUCCGCCACCGCCAAAUAUCAGCUCUGUUCAUAAGACACAUUCCUUGUCUGGGACAAAUUCUGACAAUGAUACAGACACGCUAUCGGAACAAGGAGGUUCCGCAACUCCGCCUUCAUCUAAGCACUAUGGAUUCGAAUACUCUUAUCUGCAGCAUGGUAGUCCAGUCAACCCGCAGACUCUACCGAGAUACUUACCACCGAUCGGCGUGUUCUGGGACAUCGAGAAUUGCCAGGUUCCCAAAGGCAGAUCCGCCGUUGCAGUUACGCAGGUGAUCAGGGACUCAUUUUUCAGUGGUUACAGGGAGGCAGAAUUCAUAGUAGUGUGUGACGUUAAGAAGGAGAAUAAUCAGGUUGUGCAAGAACUUAAUGAUGCUCAGGUGAAUUUAAUUCACGUCGCAUCGACAUGCAAAAAUGCUGCGGAUGAAAAACUUCGCCAGUCCAUUAGGAGAUUUGCUGACAUUCAUGGUAGUCCGGCAGCAAUAAUUCUCAUAUCUGGGGACAUUAAUUUUGCUGUUGACCUUAGCGACUUGAGGCAUAGAAAAAAAAUACAUGUUAUACUCUUGCACAAGGAGAAUACAUCUGAGGCUUUAAUAUUGUGUGCUAAUGAACAUUACAAUUUUAUUGAACUUAUGGAACCCUUGCCAUCCCGAACCGUGUCGAAGCUCCCCGAAACCUACGAUCUUCUAGUCAAUAAUCUACCUAAAGAAAAGGACAUCGUAGCUAUCAGGCGACGCUUGAAGCAACUUUCCGAUAACUGUGGUGGCAAGGUUAUAGCAAUUCAAUCCAACACGGCCACCGUGCGAUUUACUUCAGCUGAUUCAUCUAUCAGGGCUCAGAAACGUAUGCAUGGUGAAGACGUAUUUGGCUCAAAGAUUCUUGUCAGAUUCUCUGAAGAACGAGACGAACAUACAAGUAAAACACAAGGUAGCAACACAAGCCAAGAUUGUACAGCAACUGAAUCUGAAUCGGUGAUCGGAACACCAGGAAAAAUGUAUACUGCAGGGAGCACGCUAGCAGGCGCACGCAGUCUUCCUGUCACCCCGCACUAUCAUUCGUCAUCACCUAUAAUCGGAGCAUAUUCAACAUGGGGUACAAUCCACAGUUCAUCAGUUAAUGUACCACCUGGAUUGAUCCAGCAGACGCCUGUCUUUCGUAAAAAUGUUCAAAGUAGUAGCGAAGCUAGUUUCAACCGAUCUCUUAACGAAUUGCCACGUUCCCAUUCUCCGUUUGUAUGGCAACAGGUUGGCAACACACAACGGCACGGAUUUUACUGGGAAGGUCAAUACAAGAACGAAGAUGUGAAGGUUCUUGGUAAGCGUGCUUCAAUCUCGCAGGCUCGAGAUACAAGCACAUUAUCCAAUAACGAUUCAGUUCGUACACCAGAAGGGUAUAGGCGCAUAAGAGGAACUCAUAGCUAUGUACAUCCACCCGACUGGAAACCGGCGCGACAACAAUUUCAUCUUCCCAAUCCGAGCUACAAUGGAAAUGGAUACUUGCAAUCCAACUCCAUAAAGCGGCGCAGUCCUUCCCCAAUGACUUCGGCAUAUACGCGAGACCAUGCUCACUGGAACGGACAAGUAAUGCCGCCACGAAGUAGUCGAACUCCAUCACCCUACGACGGGCAUCUGAUGUCUUCGUGCCAACAUGAGCAGUCACGAUUGUCGCCUUAUCAUCAAAAUGAUCCGGAAAGUGAAGAAGUUGAGAAUUUUUUUAAUCCAAUAAGCAACCGUAAUUUUGGCGUCUUAAACGGAGCCUGUACACCUAUUGAACUUCAGGUAACCAAUUUGGACCAAAACAUUGAACCUAAAGAGAUGAAACGUAUUUUGGCCUCAGUCUUUAUGGAACAUGUAAUGGUUUUGCACGUGUUUGUCUUCAUGCAAUCUGAUGGAAAUUUUGCCGCUAGCGUGAAGGUUCCGUCGUUACAAGAUGCGCAGUAUGCCAUUUCUCAACUUCAUCGUCGCAAGGUCGGCUUUAAACGGAUUUUGAUUUCAUACGCUCAUACUGGUGGCCCUAAUCCUCAGCUGGUACGAUCCCAGAUAGUAAUGUUGUUGCAAGAAGUUCCUGGGCACAAGUUACCGUUAUUUAAAUUUCGGGAAAUGUACGAACGACGAUUUGUAAUCUCAAUUAGUGUUUCCGAGCUCUACAAAAUGAAAGAUGUUUGCAUUGUCACUGAGGACUCUGGAGGAAGGAUGGUCUCUCUCAAUCCAGAUCAUCGAAAUACACCAUCUCCAUGUUUCGGCAACUCCACACCAGAGGGCGUACAGCUGGAGAUGCCGUAUUGUACUAUGCAUACACAGAAGCCGUGGUCAGACAGAGGAUGGGCGGAACAAGAGAUGCUUUCAUUGCCAAAUGUUAAAAUAUCACUGAAAUUACUCACUGACCGCCUACAACAAUUAUUAAAAACGCACAAUGGGAGUCUCCCGCUACUUAGUCUGCCAACGUGCUACGAGGCUGAGUUUACAGAAAAAUUUGAAGUAGAUGAAAACGGAGUUCCUUUGGAGCACUUGGUUGCCUGUCUAAGUUCCAUAGAGCUGAAGCAAGGUCCAGGAGGAGUCAAGUUUCUUAUAUGGGCUGGAACCAAUGACAAUGAUGAUAGUCAUGAAGAUAAUAAAUGCGUAAGUCCCCCACUGGUGAAUCAACUAGCAUUGUUCAGUCGAGAAUUGGUUGAUCUGCUGAAAACUGCACCUCAUUGUCAAUUGCCGUUCAAUCGUUUUAUACCAGCUUAUCAUCAUCACUUUGGAAGACAGUGUAGGGUUGCUGAUUACGGUUUUACUAAAUUGAUAGAUCUCUUAGAAGCUCUUACACACACUGUACAGGUGAUGGGUGAUGGAAACAAACGAGUCGUCACACUGUCACAUCGGGCCCAGGUUCGUAGGUUUACCUCGGAUUUGCUCAGAGUUUUGAAAGCCCAAGCUAGUAAACAGGUCUCUCUUUCUGAAUUUCCAUCUGUUUACUCCAGAGUAAUAGCCAAACCGUGGGAUGUCGUAGAUUAUGGCGUUUGUGCGAUUGAGGAUAUUCUCGGUGAGGUUUCUGAAAAUACAGUCGUUGUAACGAACCACGAUAAUAAUGAUAAAAUGAUUGCCAUACCAAAGAGAGAACAAACUGCUGAGGAGAUAGAACGAACGAAACAGUUUGCUCUCGAAGUAGUUAAGCUUUUGGGUCACGCUCCACAGUGUAGAAUGUUGUUCAACAAAUUUGUCCCAUCUUACCAUCACCAUUUCGGUCAUCAGUGUCGUGUGUCAGAUUACGGUUUCACAAAAUUGAUUGAACUGUUUGAAGCCAUACCGCAUAUUGUAAAAAUAGAGGAAACAAGUGGAGGUGAGCGAUGUAUUUCGCUUACUGAAAAAGAAGGGCUCCGAGUACUUGGCGAACAAGUAGCCAAGUUAGUUAGCAGGGCGAAAGGAGUUCUGCCAGUGGCAGAAAUUGGUCAAGCAUUUUUGCAUCAGUUUGGUUACGCCUUAUGCCCGGACAUAUUCAACUGUUCUUCAAUAUUGCAACUGAUGGGAAAACUUUUUGAAACUGUCAAGAUAUCACAAACAGCGACAGGUCCGGUUGUCACGUCAGUGGAUAAAUCGAGGUUGCAAGUUUUGGCUCUACAGUGUCGUAGAGUACUCAUGGAUCAGCCACAACGCUGUCUCUCAGUCCCAGAGUUUCAGUCUCAUUUCAUUCGGUAUUAUGCAUCAGCUUGUGACUUAGGUGGGCUCCAAAGGGAUCUUUCCGACGUCGUUGAGUUCUCAAGUGUUAAUGGCAAGCAAAUGAUAGAAUUAACUCCGCUACAGUCAUUUGCGUGCAAUCUAUACAAAGUUUUAAUGAACUAUGGUGGUGUACUUCCCUUAUCUCAAUUUGAGAACGCAUAUCUUAGUAUCAUAGGUUCGGCAUGUCAAGUUGCCCAAUUUGGAUUUUCAACACUCACUGCACUUUUACAAGCUCUCAAAUGUACUGUAAUCCUCAAAGAACCAAAACACCGAAGGAAAACUUUAUAUCUGAAUAAGAAACUUGCCACUGUUGGCUUCCCGUUACCUUCAACAUAUUCGGUCACAUCACCGAAUAAGAAUACAGAGUCCAGCAAUGAUUCCUUUGACAGUGAUACAUCUGGACGUUUGGACCUAUCGAAUGCUUCGCUUAAUUUAGAGGAGCUCAGUAAAUGGCCACCGACAUCUGUGAAUAUCCAUCAUGAUUGGUCUCACAAGGAACUUAGUCAGUGGUCUCAAAAAAACGAUACACAGUGGUCAGCGGUGCCUGAAUCAGAAGCAGAGCAAUCGCAUAAAUGGUCCGCCAUUGAGAGGAAAGAUGAUAAAUUUCUUCAAAGUCUAAUUCGCACCUCACCAGGAAAUCAAGAGCUUCCACCGCCACCUAAGCCUGAUUCUCCUAACGAUGUAAAUUCGGGUGAGAAUGACAAUAAGCAAAGAUUUUGGAACUCUGCCGUGUGGGCAAGCCCUCCAAAUUACAAGUACUCUCAACGCGAUCAGUCUGCAAUUGUUGUUGUUCCGGCUCUCACCUUGCCUCACUGGGAUCAAAUGACCUCUGAUGAGAGUGCUUCUAAUCUGCUAUCUCCGGCAAAGAAUCUUCUGCCGGCUGCAGCUAAUCCGUUGAACCCUCGUACAUCGCCGUACUAUUCUUCUCGCAGCCCGGUCAUUGCACCUCAUCCUUCGGAGCUACCAUUUCCGUCACUUUCUUUGACUCCUAAGAAGAGUGCUCUUGUUGAAGUUAUCGAAUUGAGGAGAAAUAACGAUUUCCGAACUGAUGGCAAUAGUCUUGAAGACCAGCCUGGUAAAUCUCAAACGAGUGAAACUGACAGCUCUGAAGCUUUAGGAAAAGGUCGGAUUACUCCCGCAAAACAGCAACUGAUAUCCGGAAAACGUCGCCUAGCUGCUCAAUUCAGUCAGCCCAUUAACUCUUGAGUAAGAAAAAGUAAAUAUCAGGGGGUACUUCCUGAUGUACCUUCUGUUUUUUAAGAUUCUCAUGGUAAGUCUGAAGAGAAUUUUCAAAUACAAUCAUAUUGCUUCAACAAGUUGCCGACAAUUCAAGAAGAUACUCUAUUAUGAGCUACUUGGUUAUCGUCAAGAAUUAUUCGUGAACCGAACAAUUCAAAUAUAUAAUAUUGAACUAUCCAUGUUCGUGAUUUAACAUUGCAAAAUUGCUCGAUAAUUAUUACGAUGAAUGCGACUGGAAAUGAAAGUAAAAGUGAUUAGUGAUCUAUAAUUCACAGUGGUGAAAGAAUCAAUGAAAAUAUAAUAUACUAAACAGCUAAUGCCAGCACGAUGAAAUUUUUUGUGACUGUGAUAAAAGUGGACAGUCUCCACAACUUAGCCAAUUAUUUAUAUUCACUGAAGUUAAUUACUGGAUAGUGAUCUGAUACAUGUAGUAUAUUAGAUUAUCAAUAACCAACACGGGAUCAUAAUUUUUAGAUUUUAUUUAAAUAUAAAAUAAAACCUACUUGAUAAGAACAACAUUGCCCAUUUGAUUGCUCCAAAUCACUAUUCAAUUUGAAUAUUUUGAAAAAUUGGGAACACUCGUACAGAAGGUGCAAUCAACUUCAGGCAUGCUUAGAAUGUAUAUAUACAUAACUCUCGAUUACUUGAAAGUAAUAUGUUUUUAACAUUUUAACAUGGCAAUUCUUGAGAUUCAUAUGCACAAUGUGCACAUCUAUAGAUGAAUCGUUCUAACGUUCUUCAUUUUAAUUAAAAAAUAUCUCUUGGCGUUAUGUUGAAUAAGAAAUAGUAAACUUGUAUUGAAUGUAUAAGUUACAUAAAUUACGCAAGUAGAAUCAAAUUCGGUGUUGUGUUCGAUUCUGUCAACAAAAAAAAAAAAAACAUUUUGCAGUCACAAUUUAUAUUAAAAACCGUUUCCAUUAAAAAUUGCGAGUGAACGCAAAUUGGUUCAAAAUCAUUGAAUUUGUGCGUGCAUUGUUAAGCAUAGGGGGUGGUCGGCAUUCAAACAUUAAAACUUGAUACUCUUGCCCUGUAUACGUAAUCGUAAUAACCAGCUACGUAAUCUUUCACCCUGAAUUAUAUAAAUUACUUUGUAUUCUGACAGUGUGUUUUAUAGGCGUUAGUCAUCGGACACUUUCAUGUUAAUACCCAUUUUUUAUCAUCACUUUGAGUAUUUUCAAUAUAGUUGAAAGUAUCAUUUGAAAAACUACAGAACGGAACGAAAUUGCAGAUAUAUCUGAAGAAGACACUGGGAAGAAAAAUUACUUAGAAUCUAUCAAAAAUUAGAAGAUACGGUCAUGGAAGUGAAAAUACAAAUUACUAAUUUCCAGAAUUAUUAAUAAUAUUUUAUUGAGUCAAUCAAAUCACGUGCUUAUCUCUAAAUGAGCAUCUUCUGCAUUCUCAAUGAUGAAGAGUAUGUCGUACAUUUUUAUGAUUCUAUCUUGGAGUUUUCAUCUCUCUGACCUGGGUGAUGGUACAUUUUUUCUACUCGUUUCUCGAAUGAUUCCUCAGCGUUUUCAAUGCAAAUAUCUGAGAACAGGAUAUUUUAUCUAAUAUUUUCAUGCUCUUUGUUGCAAAAUCUUUCCAGCAAGUGUAUAAUCGAGUCUGGUACUUGGUUUUACAAGCAUAUUUUAUAUCUUGGCCUGAUGAUCGCUUUGAAGCUGCCAUACCACCAUUUGAACGAGAUUCUGAUGCGAGUUCGGGACCUUGCUAAUCCGAGUAAACAGAAGCGUUUUGGACGACUCCAAAUUUUUAUUUAAACCCAUUUUCUGUUGCAUCGCCAUCUGUGAAUGGAUAGUCUUUGUAAUGUUCGAGAUUUUCCAUUUCGAAUAUUUGUUUCUUACCGUUCCAAGAUACGCUUCAUUUCGUUGAUUCUGCACCUGCUUUUUUGCGCUUCUAUUCGGAAUGAAUAUGCGCAGCUAUUCAAAAAUCUGCUCCUCGUACUAGAGAUCUAUUUGCCAAUUUUUUAUACGACGAGAAUCACACUCUUCCAUAAAUUCACCGUAUCGAUAGGUUUUGGCAUAGUGGCUUCAGUUAUUAUCAGCUGCAAUGUCCAACAGUGUCUUCAAAGCAUAAUUUGCGUCUAUCAUUGUCUGUAUUUGAAUACACCGAGGUUUAGUUUUAUUUUCUUGAUCAGACACGAGAAUUUUCUGCUGGAGAUCAAUAAUCUGUGCACUGCGUAAUUGCAGAUUUUCUGUGAACAAAGAGAUAAUAUAUAGUACAAUUUAUUGAAUAAAACGAAGGCCGCACGCAAUUCUGUUCAGGGAAACAUUACUGUUAUGGUUAGUGUAAAGAUUAAUUGUAUUUAAGGUCUUCAUUUUAAGAAAUCACAAUAAAAUUAACAGCAAUUUUACCAAAUCAGUCAAUCUAACAGAUUGGCUACUUUUCGAAUUGUAAGAACAAUUUUUUCGUAAUCAAAAAUGUACUUUUAUCGAGAAGAAGACAAAAAUAGAAAAAGAACAAGGCGAACAAAUUAUAUUGUUUUUGUACGAAUUAUUAUUAAUCUUAAGGAAACAAACGUUUGCUUGAGUGAUGUGCAGAAAAUUAUGUCUGCACUAUCCGGUGUGAAAUAAUUAUUAAUAGGAUCAUAAAAUUUUAUGUUUAGUAUCUGCAACUGAUGUUUUAGCGAUAGUUGUUAUAUUGAAGUGUAAGCUUUGCAACAGAAUGGAAGCUCCACGUACUAGUAACAGAAUUCAAAUUGACGUCAAAAAUCGAAAUUGGUACAUUGUUCUGUAAACGUCAGUUUUAUAAGCACUAAAAAUGAUAUUUUCGAUUAGUGAAUUAGAUUUAAUUGCAGAGCUUCCUACUGAUUGUAAUGAGGUACUGCGAAAAUUUGGUGAAUUUAUUAUUACUGCAAAUUGAAUUUGAUAUGGAAUAUAUUUAUUAUAACACAGUGUUUUUGAGCAAGCGCGUAACUCGUGAAACAGUGAACAAAGAAAAUUCCACUCACGCUUGACUCAUACAACGAAUUUUGAAAAUAUA